CGAGGAUAGUCUUCCUAAGCCACUGGUAUUUUCAUAUAAUAUCCGCGUAUAAUAUCAUCUACCUACCCUAGUCCACCCUUCAUGCUUUCAGAUCUGAAAUACGCAUUUAUUUUCACGUUUCCUUUGUCAUUUUCAUCAUCCCCUUAUAUUAUUUAUUGAAACUUGAAACACAAAAAAGAUUAACAAAUUAUUUCAUUUCAAUGGCUUCAACUUCUUUUCUUACUUGUAGUUUGAGUAGCUUUCCUAAGGUUUCAUGUCAAAGGUUUGAUCCACUCUCGUCCUCCUCCACCACCACCACCACCACUGUAUCCGCCAGCUCUCGGUUGUCCCUUGAAAGAUCGGUGGUGGCUGGCGGGCGUGUUUCACUAGCUAACCGGAGUUAUCUUAGCUCCGGCCACCGGACAUCUCAACAUGGCAAGAGAUCAAAGAUGGAGUUCGUAGUCUAUAGUGCUGACCAAGUUGCAGAUCUCCUGCCUUUUGGAAUUCAUCUCCCUGAAAAUUGGCCAGCAUGGAUCCCAGGAGUUGUAUUGGCUGUAGUGGUUCCAUUUUUCACAAAUAAAUGGGGCCCAUUUUCAAAAUUCAAAGAGGAACUCGACAAAGUAGAGGAGGCAGUGGAUAAUGUGGCGGAUAGGGUGGAUGAGAUCGCGGAGAAGGUGGAAGAGUUUGUCGGCGAUAUCGCUGAUGAUCUUCCCGAAGGUAGUCAACUUAGAAUGUCAUUGGAAAAAGUCGAAAAAGUAGCUGAUACCAUUGGAGACAAAGCUAAAAUGGUUUCGGAUCUAGUCGACAAGGUUAGUUAUAUCAAAUUCGUUUAACAAAUUGAAUUAGUAGUUAUUGAGAUAAAACUUAUAUUCGGUAUUUUGCUAAUUAAACAACAAGACUUAACUAAUUUGAUUAAAAAAAUGUACAUAGGAUAAAUACCUUAAUUAGUCGGUUAUACAUGGUUGUUUAUUUUUAAUACGUUAAGCAGGUUAAGUCAAAAACUAUGGCUUAAAAUAUUUUAGAUUCUAAUUAUGAAUGUAUUUUAGGUUGUCUUCAUGAAAUGAUUCAAUCUUCGAUUUUAGAUGUUUCAUUAACUAGGACACCCUAACCCCUUUUAAAAAUCCAACAUGCAUUGGAGAGUGCACUUAUU